AUGGAUCAUUCGACUAGAGGAGCUUUCCCAGAAGAAGGAUCUUAUCACGACAUUCAAUGUUUAGGUUGGAGACCUCCUAGCCCUUUGGGCUCUACAACAUCCCGCAUUAACUUCGUUCAUCGGAGACCUCAGCCAUCCUCUAUAUCUGUACCUUGGAGUUAUACUCUGCAAUUUGCACUAGGCGGAAUGCCCGACAUUGCAAACUCGUCUUCCUACAAUCCUCCUUCCCCUAUUAUGCCUGUCGCUACUACCAAUGGGGAUUCUGCCGAUUCCGAUGGAUCACAAUACAGUGACGUAGCGGAACAAGGGAGCGUAUAUGAAGCAAAAUACGAGCAAUUCCAGCAAGAUGAGAAGGCAGAGGCUGCAGAGCAUCAAUCUGCUGAUGAGGGAGGGCAUCAACCUGUUACGCUCAACAUCAUUGGUGGAGAGGUUCCAGUUCCCUUCGACGUUAUCAACAGAUUCUGUGGUGAUGCCAAACGUGAGAGGGAAGAAGAGGAGACACUGUUCUGUGAUACCUGCGAACGUGAGAUAGUAUAUAGUCACGGUAUAUCACCUCAGUUUAUGACAUCAAAAGACGCUUGGUACACCUGUGGAAACUUUGGUCCAGAGACUUAUAGGUCUACAUGCCUUCCUUUUCGCACUCCUGGACCUCCUCGUAAUCCUCUUGUUGCUAUGGAUCGUGGGAAGGAGAGUUUCAAAAGACAACGCGCAAUUCAAAGAGUUGUACUUCCAGAGGCUCCAACAUGGGAAUAUCGCGAUCCUACAAUGCUACAAUCAACCUCUCAGGAAAUUGGAAGCUCCAAGACACAACACUUGAGUCAGAGAGUCAUACUUCCAGAGGCUCCAGUAUCGGAAUUACCUAAUCCUUCAAUGCUUGAUCCAACCCCUCGGGAACUUCAAAGAGUCGUACUUCCAGAGCUUCCAUGGGAAUUACGCAAUCCUUCAAUGCGUCAAACCUCUCAGGCACUUGGUGUCAUGAACGGCGAUCUUGCUAGCGUUGGGAGUUUUCAAUGA